AUGAAUAAGCGCGAGAAACAACUCGAGACCGAGUGCAAAGCACUCUAUCGUGAGCUACAGGCAAUGGAGCAAUUGAUCCAGCGAUAUCAAGAAAAACUUGCUGCUACUGAAAGUGACAAUCGUUUUCAAUGUCAUUGCAAUCCUCAGAACGUUCGUGACUGGUAUCGAUUUGAGGAGGUUUUAUUGGAGAAUCAGAUCUUGUCAUCAAGAGGCAAUCCUUUACGAAAUGAGCUGCCUGUGAUGUGUCGCGUCAGUGGCGAGGAAAUGCAGUUUCAUGAGGUGAAGCUCCCGUCGAAGAACUGGGAGUGGGUCUCGGACUGGCAGUGCGAUAUUCACGCCUAUACGGACGAAAGUGGAUGGAUCUCUGCAGAUUCGUGGGAAUUGCCACGCGACAUGAACAAAUGGUGUCGUAGUGAGCAGUCCACGAGUUCUCGAGUGCGGCAGCGUCGGUGGAAAAGAGAGCGGAUGCUGGUCGGAUCAACCGGAUUGCCAUUGGUAUUGAAUGAAAAUUUGCUGACAAAAAGCCGUCUAGCUUCGAUGCAAUACGCUGCCGAGAAGCUUACACACCAGCUUCUGCGAGCAAACGAACGAAUCGAAGAACUUGAACACUGCAAUAAAAUCUACGAAGGGCAGAUGCUCAAGUUUCAGAAAAUCACGGACGAGCUGAUGAACGACCUGUACGCUCGAACGUUCGAUCAGCACGAUUCUAUAGCGAUGUCGUACAAUAUGACAAAGAGUGCUGACGUAUUGAAGCAGACCGAGGCACUUCUUGGUGACAUGCUGGUGGAGCAGGGGCUUGCACGAUUCGAUACAUUGGCCAUUACAAGCACCAUGCAGCAACAGCGAUCGGAGGUGUUAACUGCGUGUGAAAAUGAACUCCAGCAUACAAUGAAUGAGUUCAAUGAUCUUGCGCGUAAACUUGAGCAGACGCAAUCGUCGUCUAUAGAACAAGCUGAGCUUGAAGCAGAUAGACCUAUUUAA